GGAUGAAUCAGAGAUGGAAAAAAACCGAGAGAGACAAUCAGACAGACAGAACGAAGGGUAAAUAUCGAGAGAAAUCUAAGACACAGAGACAGAGAGAGAGAGAGAGAGAGAGAGAGAGAGAGAGAGAGAGAGAGAGAGAGAGAGAGAGAGAGAGGGAGAGAUAUGGAAAGGGGCAGAAGAAGAAGAUAGACAAACACGUAUAUAUACAGACAUUAGUUAACAUAUAA